AUGGAGUCACUGAUUCCGAUCGUGAACAAGCUGCAGGAUGCAUUUACCCAGAUGGGGGUGCACAUGCAGCUUGACCUGCCACAGAUAGCGGUGGUUGGUGGCCAGUCAGCAGGAAAAUCAUCCGUGCUGGAAAACUUUGUCGGAAGAGAUUUUCUUCCCCGUGGAUCUGGCAUCGUAACGCGACGGCCAUUGAUUUUACAGCUGAUCAAUGGAACUGUGGAAUUUGGAGAGUUCCUUCAUCAGAAGGGCAAAAAGUAUGCGAACUUUGAGGAAAUUCGACAGGAGAUCGAGGCGGAAACCGAUCGCAUCACCGGCAGCAAUAAGGGCAUCUCGAACAUACCGAUUAAUCUUCGAGUGUACUCACCGCAUGUACUCAACUUGACGCUGAUUGAUUUGCCCGGUUUGACCAAGGUGCCGAUCGGCGAUCAACCGGCCGAUAUCGAGAACCAGAUCAAAGGCAUGAUCUUUCAGUUCAUUCGUAAGGAAACUUGCCUUAUUUUGGCGGUCACGCCUGCCAAUACCGAUUUGGCCAACAGCGAUGCCCUAAAGCUGGCCAAAGAGGUCGAUCCGCAGGGUGUACGAACGAUUGGUGUCAUUACCAAGCUGGAUCUGAUGGACGAGGGUACUGAUGCGCGCGAUAUUCUCGAAAAUAAGCUGCUGCCGUUGCGCCGUGGCUAUAUCGGUGUGGUGAACCGUUCGCAGAAGGAUAUCGAAGGGCGGAAGGACAUUCACGCUGCACUGGCGGCCGAGCGCAAGUUCUUCCUGAGCCAUCCGAGCUAUCGGCACAUUGCCGAUCGGCUCGGUACGCCAUACCUGCAAAAGGUGCUCAAUCAACAGCUGACCAAUCAUAUCCGCGACACGUUGCCGGCGCUCCGUGAUCGGCUACAGAAGCAAAUGCUCACACUGGAGAAGGAUGUUGAUCAAUACAAACAUUUCCGCCCAGAUGAUCCUAGUAUCAAAACGAAGGCUAUGCUGCAAAUGAUCCAGCAGCUGCAGUCAGAUUUUGAGCGCACAAUUGAAGGUUCCGGUUCGGCGCUAGUCAACACGAACGAACUUUCGGGCGGUGCCAAAAUUAACAGAAUUUUCCACGAACGGUUGCGCUUCGAGAUCGUCAAGAUGUCCUGCGAUGAGAAGGAGCUGCGGCGUGAGAUUUCGUUCGCCAUUCGCAACAUUCACGGUAUUCGUGUCGGUUUGUUCACACCCGACAUGGCGUUCGAAGCGAUCGUCAAGAAACAAAUUUCGCAGCUCAAGGAACCGAUCCUGAAGUGUGUCGAUUUGACCGUUUUGGAGCUAUCCAAUGUUGUGAGAAUUUGUACGGACAAGAUGGCUCGUUAUCCGCGCUUGCGUGAUGAAACGGAACGCAUCAUUACGACGCACAUUCGUCAGUGCGAACAAAAGUCCAAAGAGCAGAUGAUGCUACUGAUCGACUAUGAGCUGGCCUACAUGAACACCAACCACGAAGAUUUCAUUGGCUUCGCAAACGCUCAAAGCAAAACUGAAAACGCUGUCAAGACUGGUACUCGCAACCUCGGUUCGCAAGUUAUCCGCAAAGGACACAUGUGCAUUCAAAACCUGGGCAUCAUGAAAGGUGGUUCGAGACCGUACUGGUUCGUGUUGACCUCCGAGAGCAUCUCUUGGUUCAAGGAUGAAGAUGAGAAGGAGAAGAAGUUUAUGUUGCCCCUUGACGGGCUUAAGCUGCGCGACAUCGAGCAAGGAUUCAUGUCCCGGCGACACACAUUCGGUCUAUUCAAUCCCGAUGGACGUAAUGUUUACAAGGAUUACAAACAAUUGGAACUGUCUUGCGAAAGUACUGAUGAUGUGGAUUCAUGGAAAGCAUCCUUCUUAAGGGCUGGCGUAUACCCGGAAAAGGAUACUCCCGCUAAUGGAGAUGAGGAGAGCAGUGAAAGUGGCCCCGCUGGACAGUCUCUCGAUCCGCAGUUGGAACGACAGGUUGAGACGAUACGCAAUCUCGUGGAGUCGUAUAUGCGCAUCGUAACAAAAACUACACGUGACAUGGUUCCGAAAGCUAUUAUGAUGUUGAUCAUUAAUAAUACCAAGGAUUUCAUCAACGGCGAGCUGUUGGCGCAUUUGUACGCCACCGGAGAUCAGGCCUCAAUGAUGGAAGAAAGCGCGGAUGAAGCACAAAAGCGGGAAGAAAUGUUGCGAAUGUAUCACGCCUGCAAGGAAGCUCUACGCAUUAUUGGUGAUGUUUCAAUGGCUACCUUCUCAACACCCGUACCACCGCCGGUGAAAAAUGAUUGGCUGUCGAGCGGCCUGGACAAUCCGCGGCUGUCACCACCGAGCCCGGGCGGUCCGCGUAAAGCAGCACCACAGCAGCAGGGUUCGCUUGGCUCGAUGGGAGCUCCGGCUGGCCGGGGACCACCACCCGCACCCGCUAGUGCGAGACCGGCUCCGGCAAUACCGAACAGGCCGGGAGGUGGAGCUGCCCCACCCCUACCUGGUGGACGUCCAGGUGGCCAAGCGCUACCAGCUCCAUUGAUUCCAUCGCGUCCGGGUGGUUCCGCUGCGGGUAUGGUACAGAUGCUUCCGGCCAGCACCAGGCAACAGAUCAACCAGCAGGUUGGCCAGGCCGUCACCAAUGCCGCCAUGAACGAACUGUCGAACGUGUUCGCCUCGAAGUUCAAGUAAAGU